AUGCCAUCAUCCUCUGUUUAUUGUAAAAACAAACAAAUAUGUAUUAUAAAAGCAAGCCUCAAAAAUUGUUCAUUAAAAAAAAGUGGAGUUAAUAUAAGUAUACCCCUCCCAAACAAUAGUUAUAAAAAAAAUAAAAUAGUAAAUAAUAUAUAUAAUGGAAAAGACAAGAAAGAGGAAAAUAAAAUACAUCAAGAUAAAUAUGUAGAAUAUGAAAAGGUGGGGUAUGAAAAUAUAAAAGAAUAUAUAAAAAGUAACUCCUACAAAGCAAUUCAUUUAUGUAAAAAUAAUAAGGUGAAUAUGAAAUCUUGUUUUUCAUAUUCAAAUAAUACAGGGGAUGUUAAUACAAUAGGAAAAAAGGAUAGUUAUAAAAAAAAUAUUAACCUUACAAUGUCAUCAAAUAAUCAAAUAAAAUAUGAUCAUAUUAAAAACUAUAAUAUUGAAAGGUAUAAAAAUAAUAUUAUAAAAAGGAAAAGUGAACCUAUAGGAAAAACAAAAUUAUUUAUAUAUAAUAAAUUAAAUGAAAAGAACAUGUACAAAUAUAAUCAUAAAGAUGAUCACAAUAUUUAUCAUAAAAUGAAAGAAAGAAAUAAAUAUAAUAUAAACGAAAAAGGUAUGUCUAAAAUUUUUAAUACUCAUAAAAUUGGUAAGAAAAUGUGUAAAAAUGUAUGUUCAAAGAAAAAUUUAUGUAAUAUUCAAAAGAAUGUUUUUAUAAAAAAUGACAACGCCAUUAAAUAUAAUAAUAUUUAUAAUAAUAUCUAUAAUAACACAAAGGAUAAAAAAGAAAAAAAUAAUGGGGAAUUAAUAAAAUCUAAAACAACCAUGUUAAACACACCCAUAAGGAAGUGCAAAAUAAGACAUAUUAUUGUGAGUGCAAGUUUUAUAAAUAAAAAGAAUAUCAAAGAAUUAAAUAAAAUAAUGUUGAAUAAUAAACACAAAAGUAAACUAAAUAAUAAAGAAAAUAAUAUAAUCAAUGUAAAAGAAAAUAUUCAUUUAAAUGAUCUAUCUAGUAAUAUAUAUGAAGAACACAAACAUAACUAUGAUAUCCAUAAGGAUAAUAAAAAUUCAUCUAUGGAUUAUACGAAUGAAAUGUGGAUAAAAGAAAAUGAAUAUUUAGAAGAAAACAAAAAAAAUAAAUAUAAAAUUAUUGUUGUAAAAAAUAAAAAGAAAGAAAUUGGAAAUUAUAUUGUCACGAAAAAAAAAAUUGGGAAAGGGACGUUUGGUAAAGUUUGUUUAGGUAUACAUAUAUAUACACACGAAAUUGUUGCUAUCAAAAUAUUGAAUAAAAAAAGGUUAAUUGAAAUUAUAAAUUAUGAUAAGAUAAUAAAAGAAAUAGAAAUACAUAAAAAUAUUAAUCAUAAUCAUAUAUGUAAAUUUUAUGAUGUAUAUCAGAAUAAAAAUAAUAUAUAUAUGAUAUUAGAAUAUGUAGAAAACGGUAACCUACUAACCUAUAUUUAUAAUAAUUAUAAUAUUAAUGAAAAUAAUGCUAGGAGAAUUUUAUAUCAAUUAAUAAAUGCAAUCGAAUAUUUACAUGAGAUAAAGAUAGUACACCGAGAUUUAAAACCUGAAAAUAUUUUAUUAGAUAAUAAUAAUAAUGUGAAAUUAAUAGAUUUUGGUCUAUCAACAAUUUAUAGAAAAAAUUGUUUAUUAACUACAUCAUGUGGUUCUCCUUUUUAUACCUCUCCUGAAAUAUUACUUGGACAAAAAUAUGAAGCUGAGUUAACAGAUGUGUGGUCCCUAGGUAUUAUUCUUUUUUUAUUACUAAACCAUCGUCUUCCUUUUAAUAAUAGUGAUAUGAAUAAAUUAUUUACACAAAUCAUAAAAGGUAUAUUAUAUUUUCAACCUUAUGUAUCUAAAAAUGCAAAACACUUAUUACAAAAUAUGUUAAAUGUAAAUUUUAAAAAACGUUUUACAAUGAAUAAAAUUAAAAAUCAUAUAUGGUUUACUACACAUCCUAUGAAAAUCAUGCUAUCAAAUAAUAUUUCAACGACUUGUAAUUUAAUUGAUUGUAAUACGUGUUGGUACAAAUAUAUAAUAUAUAAAAAAAAUAAUUCUUAUUACAACGAUAUGAUUAUAAAUAAAAUAAGUAAAAUGUAUAAUAUAAAUAAACGAUAUAUAAAUAAACAAUUAAUAAAUAAACAUAAGAAUUAUGUAAAAACAGCUUAUGAUCUUUUGAUAAAUAAAAUUAUCAGAAAUUUAGCAAACCAUGGGGACAUAUAUUCACGACAUCUAAUUAUUACAAGAAACGGUCAUAAUAAUAUUCAAGAAAGAAUUUUUCAUUAUAAGACAGAUGGAUUAUGA